AUGCCUCAACAACCCCAGCCUCAAACAGGCGCCGACCCUGGCGAAAUUGAGAAAACGCAUGUAUACAAUGGCCUCGGAACUGCUGAAGACCCAUUCCUGGUCGAGUUUCGAGCCGACGACGCCGGAAACCCCAUGAACUGGUCUCGGUCAAGGAAAUGGACGAUCACGGCCAUCGUGACUGUAUCUGUCUUCGCCGUCACCUUCACUUCCUCCGCCUACUCCGUAUCCUCGAGUGAAAUCAUGCAAGAAUUCAACGUCAGCAGCGAGGUUUCUACUCUGGGCCUGUCCCUCUUCGUGCUUGGGUUUGCAAUUGGGCCGGCACUCUGGGGUCCUCUGGUAAGCAGCUGCUCGCUCGGAUCCGAACUCUACGGAAGACAGAGACUGUGGAUCAUAUCACACGCGGCCAUGGUGGCAUUUAUUGGAGGCUCGGCCGGCAGCAAAAAGAUCUCAACCCUUCUUGUCCUCCGCUUCUUCGGCGGCACGUUUGGAGGCUCACCGCUAGUCAACUCGGGGGGUACCGUGGCGGACCUCUUCAUGCCUGCUCAAAGAGGCCUUCCCAUGACACUCUACUGCGUCGCGCCCUUUCUAGGUCCCAUCCUCGGUCCCAUAGUGGGUGGGUUCAUCUCGCAGAGUGUCGGAUGGCGAUGGGUGCACGGGGUCUGCUGCAUCUUUGUGGGAGUGGCAGGAAUUCUGGGCAUAAUCUUCGUGCCGGAGACAUACGGGCCGGUGCUCCUGACCAAAAUGGCGAAUGGCCUCUCCAAGACAAACGGAAAGGUCUAUAUAAGUAUCCUGGAAAACAGUCAGGGUAGGAAGAACCCGUCGGAGGUCUUCCAGAGAGCUCUGUUCCGCCCUUGGGUUAUGCUGUUUCGGGAGCCCAUCGUGUUAGCAGCCUCGCUCUACAUGGCCAUUGUGUACGGCACCGUCUAUAUGUUCAUGGGAGCAAUGCCCGUCGUUUACAAUGAAGGUCGUGGAUGGCGCCCGGGAAUCGGGGGAUUGGCCUUCAUCGGCAUCGCCGUCGGUAUCAUUCUUGGAUUGUUCUAUGCGAUCUACGACAACAACUGCCGCUACAUGAAACUAUCUCUCGUCAAAUCAGCCACUGCAGAAUCACGGCUCCAUCCGGCUCUCGUGGGAAGCUUUGCCCUUCCGGUUGGCAUGUUUGCCUUUGCAUGGACCAAUUACCCCAGCAUCCACUGGUCUGUCGGCAUCAUUCUAUCGACUCCCUUCGGCUUCGGCUGCGUCCUGGUGAUCCUGCCGAUAAUGAACUAUCUAAUUGACUCGUACACCAUCUACGCGGCCUCUGUUCUUGCCGCCGCCGCCAUCUUUCGAUCAAUUGUCGGCGCCGUGUUUCCCUUGUUCACUACGCAGAUGUACCACAACCUCGGCAUUCACUGGGCCACCUCCGUGUCGGCCUUUUUGACUCUGGCCUGUCUGCCCUUCCCGUUUGUUAUGUAUCGCUACGGGACAGAGCUGAGAAUGCGGUGUAAAUAUGCUUUUGAGGCGACCGAGGUCAUGAAGCAGAUGCAGGCGCAGCAGGUCUCUCUUUCCACCAAACAGAAUGGCGAUCGUUCUAUGGAGUGA